GCCUUCUUCCUUUUGCUUCCCCCUACCCCCUUCACCUUCCCUUCCACUAUAUUUUCACCCUACGUGCCUCCUUCUGCUCAAUUGGUGAACAUUCAUUAAUUUUCAUCAUCCACAUCUCUGUUUUUGUUCUCACUGCCACCGGAAGACCGUCAUAACCCUUCGGCGAUUCCUGUUCUCUCAAUAUUUCGUCUCUGGUGUGUGUUUGUUCUAUUCCUUUUACCUGCCUUGUGCCAUCCAUUUAAUUGUCAAACCAGGAAGAAUAUUUACUCGCAUAGAAAUUUUAUCAAACAAAUCCACCAAAAAGUCUAGCGAAUCCUGCGUCUUUUCAUUGUGAUUGGCUACUUAAAAUCGGAAUUUGAAAAAAAAAGAAGUAAUUAAUACUUGGCAGAGAAAGUUAUGAGGUGUCCGGCGAGAUGGCAACGGGCGUCAGCAAAUGAAGGAUAGGCAGCGGUGGAAAGCCGAGGAGGACGCCAUAUUGUGUACGUACGGGAACCAGUAUGGGCCCAGGGAGUGGCACCUCGUCGCCCAGCGCAUGAACGUUGCCCUUGACAGGGACGCCAAAUCCUGUUGGGAGCGGUGGAAGAACUACCUCAAUCCUGGCAUCAAGAAAGGGUCGUUGACAGAGGAGGAGAAGCGCCUGGUCAUCCGCCUGCUGGCCAAGCACGGCAACAAGUGGAAGACGAUCGCCGCUGAGAUCCCCGGGCGCACAGCGAAGCGGCUUGGCAAGUGGUGGGAGGUGUUCCAGGAGAAGCAGCAAAGGGUGCAGCGGGAGAGCGCGAAGUCCGCCGCCUCCCCAGCCGAGCCCGGUAAGUACGACCGGAUCCUCGAGAGCUUCGCGGAGAAGCUGGUCAAAGAGGAUCACAUCGUGCCGCUGCUAAUGACCACGCCGUUCCUCCCGCCGUGGCUCUCGAACAAUGGCGCGGCCGGUGGCUACAGAUCACCCCCUUUACAGUCGCCGUCUGUUACUCUGACGCUAUCGCCGUCUGUUGCCCCUCCUCCCAGGCCAUGGCUUCAGACUGAGAGGGGAGCAGAAGGUGGCUUGGGUUUGGGUAACUCGCAGCAAGGCAUCGACGGACGCCAUAUCUUGCCGGAGCUGGUAGAGUGUUGCCGGGAGUUGGAGGAAGGGCACGUGGCGUGGAUGGAGCACAAAAAGGAGGCAGCUUGGAGGUUGAAGCGGCUGGAGCUGCAGUUGGAAUCGGAGAAGGCGGGCAAAAGGAGGGAGAUGAUGGAGGAGAUCGAGGCGAAGGUGCGGGCGCUGAGGGAGGAGCAGAAGGUGGCGCUGGAGAGGAUCGAGGUAGAGUACAAGGAGCAGAUUGCCGGGCUGAGGAAGGACGCUGAGGCAAAAGAGCAGAAAUUAGCAGACCAGUGGGCCGCAAAGCAUAUGCGGCUGAGCAAGUUUCUGAAGCAGCUGGGCGGCCGCCAGUGGCUGCUGGCGGAGAUGAACGGUCGGUGAAGAGAAAAACAUACCGGCUUUACUUUCGUACGGGUGUAUUAAUUGCUCGCGCAUUCUCUUCCACAUAGAGCGAAGCCCAAUUCUAUCUUCUGAAGAAGUGUUGCUGAUGAAUCAUGAAUGCUAUACUACUCUUUUGCUUCAUGAUUAGAACAAGGAAAUCUUUCGCCUCAUCAAUCUCUUAA